AUGACCUCCUUGCAACACAUAUUGGCUGGCGAGCCCGACGACCAACAUCCCUCCCCAGCACCUCCCGCUCCAGCCCACCCACUGCCUCCGCCUGCGCCGCCCGUGCCCGCAUUCGACAGAAACGACGACAGCAGCACAGAUGCCAUGCCACCGAAGAAGAGGCUCGAUGAUGACAGCAAUGCCGCAACGCCCACCAAGCCGGCAGAGAACGGCGACGGCGACGGCGACGAGCCCAUGUACACAUCAACCACCACAUCAACCAGACGCAACGCGAAUGGAGCUACCUCGUCCGUCUAUUCCGGCAACAAGAUACGGCACCUGAAGAAAGAGGAUGGCAUCCCACUAUGGCGCAAGGACAUACAGUACGACUUUCUCAGACUUGUUUUCGACGACACAACCCCAUGCUUCACCAAGUACAGCGAUGGAACAAAAGGACAUACUUUCGCAGACAUAUACAUCGACGCCAUGGCCAAGAGUAGCAAGUGCAGCAAGAUCUUGAAGGAGAAGCUGCUGCAGGACCAAGACGGUGCCAUCAGUAUGGCUAUGGUCUGCCUAUUGGUCAAUGUUGGCAGAAUGAACACAACGCUCAAUUUCUUCCCAGAGAUGCGCGCACAGCUCCGGACAUAUCACUCGAUACCUGCCCUGCAAGCACACCAAGACCCAAACGCCUACAAACAGCUUCAAGAUGCGCCUCGUCUGAAGUCUAUUCUCAAGGGCGCAACCGAAGACGAGCCACAACCCAGCACAAUGGAGGACAUCAAGGCCGCCUCGAUACCUCGAACGAACCCGGUCAACCUCAUCUUCGUCAUGAGCCAGUAUGCGCCCAAGAUCAGCGAGGUCCAUUUCCCUCCACCGCGAGAUUUCUUCGACCUGGUCAUGCGACCAAGCUUGAGCAGCGCGAGCAGGGCAAAGGCAUUCUUGUGGCUGAUCUGGUGGUACCUCGAGAGCGGCUUCAGUGUCGAGGACAGCCAGCGGAAUCCGUUUGGUCCUGGACAACCUGGUGAUGCCGAGGAAGGACCAGAUGCCCAGCCGCUGAAGGUGCCGACACUGGAAAGCUUGACAGAAGAGCAGGCUGAGCUGGAAAAUGUGGAUACCGAAGAAGAGAAGCAUUUUGGUGAGGUCAAGCGGAAGGAGCGGAUAUCGAUCUUGGCCAGCGAACCGAGCCCAGCCAUGACUGCUUUGAAGCGUGCACGUAAAGAGAAAGGUUUGACGACAGGUCAUGGUGCUCAUCCGAGUGAUGAUGAAGGUAGUGAAGUCGGCUACCAUACGGGCCACAUUCCACCCUCUGUGGGAAAGAGCUCUGCACUACGGCAUGAAACUGGGAGCGAGUACACGCGUUCUCCGUCACCCGUCGGUUCUCGCGGCUUCCAAGCUGUCAAUGCGAAACCAGCUGGUGACAUGCGCAUCAACAAUCUCCUCAACGACGACGCUGGCCCAGACAUGGCUUCGCCACAGACAGCACAAACACCCACGGCAUCGUCCGCUAAGAAGGGACCCGGCCGAGGCAACUGGCGUAGGAAGAAGCCUGACUCGGGAGCCGCACCUUCUCGGAACAGCCAAGCAGAUUCCCACCAUGUACCUCUGCUACCGAACACUGGUCAGAUUAACUUUGUCAACGAUGGACCUCAACAGAUGAUGAUGAUGAUGAUGAUGAGCACACCCGGUGGCGGUAAUAAAGUGGGAGCACCGACUGGCAUGUCUCCACCACAAUCGACCAACAUCUCUUUUGCUGCACCCAACGCGCACGUCCCGACUCCAUCUUAUCAAGCGCAGAAACGAAAUCGUGGCAUCACCCAGCAUCAGUCUGCGGUAAUCAACCACAGGAAACUACAAAUCGACUACGCCCUCGAGAAGCGGAUACGCAGAGCUCACGCUCGCGCCCGCGAUAAACGCGAGUCGGAAGGCGCCAUCAUUCGGGCAUGGAAGCGUAUACGUAUGAUGCCGCCCGACUACGACUCAGAAGAAGAACAAAUCAAGAUUCGCAAGGCCAAAGAUCGAGCAGAUAAGACCGACGACGACUGGCGACUGAAUCGAGGCAAGGAGAACGACGACUUCCUAGAAAACGUAGACCUCUGGCGAAGGCCGCGAGCACUCUACGCCGGCUUCGCUAAAGCUCCCAACGAGCCCAGUGAUGUCGGCGAGGAAGCCAAGAGUCUCGCUCAGACUUUCCGGCGAUGCUCGAGGCGGAUCGAUAGAUGGCAGGAAACGAACCUUCCCGGCCAAGCUAUGAUGAUGCGACAGCGGCUGGAGGAGCAGGGCAUCCUACUUGAUCGGCGGCGGGCUGUCAAGAGGCAGCAUACGUACGACCAGGACGAUGAGGUUGCGGAGAUCCGGCCCGCUCCCAUGGCUCAUCGACCGCAGCAGGCGGGGAGACAUGCUAUAUCGCGGCAGGCUUCGAAGGCUGUGGAUGAGGAAGGGAAUGGUGGGCCGGAAGAGCUUGACGAGGAGGAUAGGGAACUUCUUGGGGAGGUUGAUGCGGAUGAGAGUGAGGAUGAUGAGGAUGAGGACAUGGAUGAUUGA